CUCCCUCAACAGCCCCUGAAAUGAUGCCAUUGCAACUGCCAGCCACCGACUCGGCUGCACCGCCACACUCUCGCUUCGGUGAGCCCAUUCUCAGAGAGACAAUCGUCUGUUGCCCAUGCCGUCAUCGGAGUCGAAGAUCGACCAUGAGCUCGCGAUAAUCGACAUCACUGUGUGCUUCUUAUGCCAGAUACGAGAGCAAAUUCUCCGAAGUGACUCGCAAGGAGGGGGAUCGGCACACGCCAGAUCACCCAAUUUCCCGACGAGUGUUACCCCUCCCACAAUGGGGCCAGCGAAGCGGUGUGGAAGGCAUGGAAGACUCGCUGCGAAGGGGUCGGUGGCUUGGCAGAUUUUGGUCCAGAACUUAAGACUCCUGACACUCCAUAACACGGCACAGCUUGGCCUUUGCUGUCUACGGAGCGUACGGAGUACUAUACACGGGGAGUGCUUCUACCCCUCCCUUUGUGAUAGAGAUAGCGGUGUAUCGGCCUAUCAGCCCAUUUUCGACGAUCACCCCUCAAUCCUCGACGGAGACUUCUCAAACGCGGCAUCCAGCCUCAACGUGGCCACUUUGAAGCGGUCAAGCCCCAAAAAUGGAUCCUCCCGAUUUAUCGACCGACUAACGCAUCGACUAUCGAGCGACAGAGGGUCCGACUGCCCCGCUGGGGCUGCCUGCCCCUCACUAGCCGUCACCAGGGUGACCGGUCGGAAAUUGCUCACCAGAGCGAGGAGGGUAAGAGCUGUGCGACUCGAGUAGCUGUGCCACUGUCGGGGCUGAAGCUACCUACGCUGCUACGGAGUACAGUACUGCGUGUCGUCUAUCCGUAACUGCUUCAGAGCAUUGGAAGUAUUAACCUCGCAUAUCGCAUGCGGUCCACCGCAGUGAUCGUCCCGUGUGCAUGCUGCAUUCU